ACCACACUUUUGCUGAAACUCUGCCCUUAUCUCCACGGAUCACUAUGAAUCGGUGCUUUCCUUCAGCUCUCAACCUCUCACCAACUCACCAUGCCAUCUCUCGGUCGACCUUCAUAGUGAUUCCCUUCAGUUCUCAACCUCGCCGUCACUACAACCCCUGGCCCUUGCUGCCCUGCAACGCUCGCCGCUCACCUCCAGCUGAGCUCCAAGGUUGCCGCUGGGUCAUCUCAUCCCGCCUCUCACCGUGGCACCGUGUUGUCAACCCAUCACUGCAAGUCAGCAACGCUCCUCACUCACCACCGCUCACCUCCAGCUUGUUUUAAAAGAGUGAUCUUGAUCAUCUUUGUUUGCUAUAUAGGAUUCUGUAAAAUUGCUAUUUUCUUUUGAUAUUUGAUUAACAAGCAGUGAAUGGUGGGGACUCCGAAUACCUGCGG